AUGCCUGCCAUCAAACACCACUCAGCAGAGGAGCGCAAGAAGAUCAUCGAGUCCGCCCAGAAAGCAGUGUUGGAGGACUGCCGGAAGCGCAAGGAGGAAGCAGAGUCGUGGGGCCCGCGCGGCCCGACGCCUUCUGAUGAGGACAACGAAGCCGUGCCGCUCCAGGACGUCGGCUCGCUCUUAGGAAGGACAAAAGACAUUGAUGCGGUCCGCAAGAUCAUCCAGAGGAGCAAGGCCGCCAAAACGCCGGAGGAGCGAGCUAAAAACGCUAGGGAUCUUAUGGAGCUCUACGGUCCUUUACCUACUCCGCCCGAGGAGGAGCAAACUUCGGACUCAGAAGAAGAAGACGUCGCACCACCUAAAGUACCGGAGAAGCCCGUCGGUAUAACGAUGCGCGAGGCGGCCAAUGAACAAUUUAGGAAGGGCCAAUAUAGGGAGGCCCUGGCCGCGUACGAUAGGGCCGCGGAAGCAUUGGACGGCGCCGAGGCCGCCAAGUGCCACGCGAACAAGGCCGAGGCCUAUUUACGACUCAAAGAAUAUGAGCUAGCGGCGGAGAGCGCGUCGAAGGCUUUAGAGCUAGACGAGAGCAACGUCAAGGCGCGCUAUCGGCGGGGCAAGGCCGCUCUGGAAUUAGGGGAUGCCGCGGCAGCUUUGGAAGAUCUCGGCCAAGCGGCCAAGUCCGGCGACAAAGCUUCGUCAGAAUUGUUCCGGAAGGCCCUCGAGACGCAGCGGCGCGCCGCCUUCAAUCAAGCAGUCGAGGAGGAGACGGGGCCCUAUGAUUUGGAAGUACUGGUGGACGCUUAUAGGGUUGGGUCCGAUGAUCCAGAAGGACUCAGACCGUUUCUGGAAACAGCACAGAGUGCGGGCUUGUUAUCAAGCGACGCUGAUCUAGAGGAGGCCGCGGACCUGACGGACUUUUCGACACAAAUCUACGACGCCUCGGCCGUCCCGUUUUUAACAAGGUUGCGGGCCAUCCGGAAGGCGGUAGAAGCGCAGAAGAAGCCGCCCUCCCCCAAAUUCGCGGAGCCGUGGCCCGAGCACGAGCGAAAUGCCUUCACCGAGAAGUUUGGAGUCAAGCCGUUCAUCAAGGCGGACGCGGCGGCGUGCCUGGACGCGGAGAACGAGAGUUUCGUCAGGGCGGUGCUCUCCAAUAAUUUCGAGGGCGACGACGUGGCGUUCGUGAAUUCACUAAGGCGGCUGGGCGUACCGGCUUCCUUGGUUUUCGCGGCCUUUUUCAAAAUAUCAGACGGGCGCAACGACCUGGCCAUGCACGUCCUACGCGGGGAGGACGUUUCAGGAGAACUCAAGGACGCGCUGGAGGCGAUCGAGCGCGACGCGGCACGAGCUUACACUAAUACCCAGGAUUGUGUCGAAGCGCUGGAGACGUGGGCGUGCUUCACGUCGGCCGCGCUGGACGAAUACGGGCGCCUCGCGAGCGAUUUUGAUGAGAUUGCCGCCCAAUACGCACUGCAAGCCGCGGACGAUUUGAAAAGCGACCCGCGGCGCCUGCUGAAAGCGACGCAAGCAACCUUCGACGCGUGCCGACGGUCCUUCGGCGGGCGGCCGCGGACCGGCCGGGGCCCCCUUGUGCGCGUCGCAAUAAAGCGCGCCGCGGCGCUCGCGGCGUUGGGGCGGGAGGCCGCGGCGCGCGACGCGCUCGGCGAGGCCUGGGGCGGCGCGCUGCACCUCGUCUUCCGGGAGCGGGGCGACGCGGGCGACAGGACGGCGCUCGCGGCGGAAGAAAAGGAGGCGCGCGCGGCUCUCGAGGAGUUAAAAGAGCCGGAGCCAGAGCCGGCGCGGGCGCCCCUGUCCGGCGGCAUGUCGCCGCCCACAACGACGGGCCCCGUGUACUCGUCGCGCUGCGUGCUGCGGCGACAGAACCCUCCCGAGUAAGUUAUGAAUUGUUAGCUCGGCGCCCGCCAGCUGGCGCGAGCCGAAGUCGCUCGGCGCGCAGCGCGG